UUUAUUGCGAAUUAAUGGCGUAGCCAGCACCAUGUCGACCCUAACGAAAAUGACCCGCACGGUAAAGAAACUCGAAGUACCCAGACCCUUGAAAUCGACGACAAGUUCCGCGCAUAACCGUAACUCUGUUCUAGAUGUGAAAAUAAAUUCUGUCGAUGACUUAAUAGUUUUAACAGAGGCGGUGGCGUACCAAAUGAUGCAGGGGACCUUUGACCGUGCGCUUCAAAGCAACGUUGCCACUAUGUAUUCUAAUCUUAAGCUUUACGGUGCCCAACUCGAAGCACUAUAUAAAGAUUUUCUUGACAGAUACUUUGUAGUUUUCCGCAAUGGAUCCCAAGAUGAGAGACUGGAUAAAAAAACUCGACUUCAUCUGCUUGAGUUAAUAGAGUUGCGUGCUAAACAUUGGCAAGGUUCCGAUUAUAUGAGUCAAUACUACAGACAUCGUGGCACACAUGCAGAGCCACUACUGGUGCCGACGAUGGAGGGGUCGGGCGCGGGCGGCGCGGCGUCCCCCACGCUGGCUGCGCCCGCCGAGCCUCCCGCGCUGCUGGGCCCCGGCGAGCUCAUCAAGCCCUCGGGCAAGUUCCCCAAGCCUACCAAGAUCCCCGGCAAGAACUACUCCAAGGACGAGGUCGUCAUCCGCAACGCGGACUCUGGGAAAGUGAUGGGUAUCAAAGGCAGGCGGGUGCACAUGAUCGAGGAGCUAAGUGAUACGAUCAUAUCGUUUCAGAGAGUGAGUCCCGGAGCUAAAGAGCGUCUUGUGCAGAUCACUGGACCUAAUGAGGAGAAUGUUAACCACGCCAAGCACCUGAUCGGCGACACGAUCCGCCGCAACGCGUCGCCCGUGCGGCUGGACGGCGCGCUGGAGGCCGGCGCGCUGGCCGCCAGCCGCGCCUCGCUCGACUCCGCCGGCUCCGACGAGAGACCCCGCGAAAAGUCUCCUCACAACAAUUCCAGAGCCUUACUUCAUAGUUUCUCGACGAACGAUGCAGCGUUAGGAGAGUAUAAAUAUACGGUCACUUUCGGACAACAUUCCAUCAAGAUCACGGGCAACAACUUAGAUCUUGUAAAGACGGCGAAGCUGGUGCUGGACGAGUACUUCGAGAGCGCGGGCGCGCUGGAGGCCAUGGCGCUGGGCUCGGGCGACUUCUUCACGCUGUCGCAGCGGCCCGCCGCCGCGCUGCUGCUGCGCGACGACGCGGCGCUCAACGGCGCCGACGACGACGUGUUCGCCGCGCCCGCGCCCGCCGGGGACGAGCACGGUGCGAGUGGUGCGCGGCAGACGUAUUCGUACGAGACACUGGUGCAGUACGCGGACUCGCCGCUGAGCAAGCUACCCCCCGCCGGCCUGGCCGCCUUCCCGCCGGAGCUGGCGCGCAAGAGUUGCCUGGAGUUCGAUAGCGUCAGCUACUUGAAGAAAGUGCGCAGCGCCGCAGGAGUCACCCUCGCGCUCGACGCGCCCGACUCGCCCGAGCCCGAGUGACGCGGCCGCCCGACCGAGCCCGAGCGCCUACUGCCUCGCCCCGCACCCGCACCGCCCGCACCCCUGCACCGCCCCACUACUAAUGCGCGAGCACCACGCGGCCGGUACCUCCACUCCUGUACUUCUUUGAGGCAGCUUCCGAUGUACUCGUCUCGGUCCCGCAGUGACGUCCCCCAAACGAGUACGUCGGUUUGUAUUAUAAGGUCUGAUUUUUCUUGUCGCUUCAACCGUCCGAUUGAUUUUUUUUUUUUGCUUUUAUGUGCCUAAUUUAGCGGACUUAUUACCUACUAAAAGUAUUAGCUCACCAAAACAUUUAUUUAUUUAAUAUCGGUAGAUAUACCGUAAUAAUUAACGAAUAUAUACUCUCGAAACUGAGUGUGGAUCUAAAUGGUGAAAAUUGUGAUAGAUAAUUUCGAUUAUAAAUUCCUUUCAAAGACAGAUUCUAGAUAUCUUAGUCUGCAGCGAAUGAUCUCUUAACGGGUUCUAAAUACAUAUUAUUUACAUAAUUUAUAUUAUAUACGUACCCCGAUAGAACGAUCUAGAUGAGGAACAGCAAUUUUCUUGAUCCAUUUGAGUGUCCCAAGUUAGUUAACUUUAUUGUAUAUUUUGACUAAAGAAA